AAAAAGAUAACAAGAAGAAUGGAGCAACUGUUCAAGAAUGCAGUGAGGGUUCAAGGAGCAGAACCAGUAGCAUUGCAGAUGAAAGAAAAGCAACAACACAAGUGAGACUUGAGAAGAAAUCAGGUAGUGGGUUCGGACUCACCAUCUCAGGUGGUGUCGAUAAGGAUGGAUCUCCACGUGUGUCCAAGAUGCGUGUGGGUGCCGUUGCCCAACGAAGCGAUCUUUUACAAGUAGGCGAUCUCAUUAGGGCCGUGAACGCUAUCAAGACGGCAGGGCUACGUCAUGAUGAGGUCAUUAACCUUUUGAAAAAUGCAGGCGACAUUGUCACCUUGGAGAUAGAAUAUGAACUACCAAUGAUGCCUGAGGAAAAUGGAAUCCAGGUGUUAACUAAAAUGAUUGAAGUUUGUCUUCCAAAAGAAGGUACCAGUUUUGGAUUCACAGUCAGAGGUGGUGUCCAUAGCAACCCUUCAAAGACGCAUCCAAUCACAGUCAGCCAGAUACGCACUGGCGGACCAGCUGAUAGGGAUGGUACUAUGAAGAUUGGAGACCAUGUUAUAAGUGUAGAUGGUAUAUUGCUAAGCAGCUACAGCCAUCAAGAUGCCUUGCAAGUCAUCAAGCAAGCAGGACAAGAGGCUGUUUUUGUGCUGGAGUAUGAUGUGUCCGUCAUGGAUGCUGUAACCAAUGCAAAUGGACCACUGCUGAUAGAGGUUGCUAAGACACCUGGCUCACACCUUGGUGUCGCAUUAAGUUCAACAAUGAGGGCAGCAAAGCCGUGUAUUGUGAUUGACAGCAUCAAACCGGCCAGUAUAGCCGAUAGAUGCGGUGCUCUUCAUGUAGGUGAUGAGAUAAGAGCUAUAGAUGGCAGUAGCACUGAUAGUAUGACUGUCGCCGAGGCGAUGCAACUGCUUCAAUCCGCUUUGGAGCAGAUUAAACUAGAAAUCUUGCCAGUGAGUCAGUUUACACCCAAGCUUAGCUACCCCCAUACAAAAGUACAAAGUGUUUCGCAGACAAUAACCAGGGCAUCAAGUAGACCCACAACUCCUGUAGGCUGUAGUGCCAUUUCCAACUACAGCACCUUACCAUCCAAUGCUAGCCUAGUGCACAAAUCAAACACGCUGACAAGACGGGCCAAUAAGCACACUUCAAAUAUAUCACUAUCUUCAUCUACAAAUGGCCUUAUAUCAGGUACACAAGUUUGCCACACAGAAACUAUUGACCUUACCUUGCAUUCGGCAAAUGGCCACUACGGAUUGCUGCUAGAGGGCGGUGUCUUUGAGUCGGAGAUUCUGGGCAUACCAGCAGUUGUCUCUUUCCUAGAGCCAGGCGGUGUGGCUGAACGGUCAGGUGUGUUGAAUAUAGGAGACAGAAUAUUAGCAAUUAAUGGUACUUACACAGAGGAUUUGACACUUGAAGAGGCCCAUCAGACGCUGAGGGUGACAGGCCAGCGAUGCUUCUUACAAAUAGAAUUUGACAUUGCAGAAUCGGUAGUUCCUAGCAGCGGCACUUUUCAUAUCAAGUUACCUAAAACAGACUAUGGUCUUGGUAUCACAGUCAGUGCUCCAAAGAACAGGAAGCGUGGUGAUCCUCUUUUGAUUUCACACAUCAAGAAAGGUAGUGUUGCCCAUAGGGUGGGUAGCAUUGAACCAGGGGAUAAGCUUCUUGCCAUCGAUGGAAUCCUUCUGGAUCAGUGUACGGUAGAAGAUGCCGCACAGAUUUUAAGAGAAGCUGAUGAAAUUGUUAGAUUGAGGCUCAAAAAAGAUGAGGCUUUCUCAGAUGAGCCGGAUGUAAGUGGGGCUGUGACCUAUUCAGUUGAACUUAUUCGUCAUGGUGGACCUCUAGGAAUCACCAUCUCAGGCACAGAGGAACCCUUCGACCCCAUCAUCAUCUCAGGGCUAACAGAAGGUGGCCUAGCUGGAAGAACUGGUGCAAUUCAUGUGGGUGAUCGCAUUCUCGCAAUCAAUGGUAUUACAUUACGCGGUCAGACACUUACCAAUGCCAUUCACCUGUUAAAGACAUCCGGAGACAGAGUUCAUUUAAAAAUAAGCCGAUCAGGGAACAGUGCGAUUGAUGGAUCGUUAGUGAAUGGGUCCGAGAUUGGUGAUUUAAAGAAUGGAAUAGACCACUCCAGCCAAGACAUCACGCCAGCAGUAACAGCGAGCGCUUUGGAGCUAUGGAAUGGCGUUGAUACUGGAUAUCAUAGCAACAAGAGGGUUCGUAACUAUCAAUCAAUGUCGCCAGCUACAAGGCGUUCACGACGUGGGAAAAAUUCAUCGAGGAACCGACAAAACCAACGGCGCACUCGAUCUACAUCUAGAAACCGGUCGAAUCAACAGAAUCAGUACUACCGUUCACCGAUAAGUGAUGAUGAUUGGGAGGAUUCAAGACUUCGGGGAUACGACAGUCAUGAUGGAAUGCUUUCGGAUCAGGAUGAUACCUAUUACCGUCGUGGUCAUAGAAGACACUUUGAACAUUCCAAACAGACCUCGGAUCUUAUGAACGAAAUCACAGCUUCACUGAGCAUGGUCAAUUAUAGUCAAGACUGCGAAACUAAUGGACGUUACAGAAACGGAAAUGAAAAUGGGUUUGGUCCAUCGCGUAGCAGCACACUGCCCUCCUCAAAUCGCAGCACGUCUUUCAGUAUUCAUGACCAGCUUCAAACAAUGCACAAAACGACACCGGCCGAACUACACAAAGUUAUUCUGUAUAAAGAUACCGAUGUUGAGGACUUUGGGUUCAGUGUUUCUGACGGUGUUUAUGAGAACGGUGUUUACGUUAAUAUGGUGAGACCGGGUGGUCCUGCUUCUCGUAACGGCAACAUAAAAACAUAUGAUAGAGUUUUGCAGAUAAACGGCACACGUACACGUGACUUUGAUUGCUGCAUGGUAGUCCCACUUAUUGCCGACUCGGGAAAUACACUUGAAAUGCUGCUUAGCCGUAAUCCGAAUGCGCAACCAGCCAACGGUGCCGAAAAGGAAUUGAAAGACUCGUCCCUGGGAACUGAUGUCAGUAAAAUCAGUUCUCUGCAAACUCUCUAAAAUAUACCUUUCAUCAAUUAACAUUCCUUGUAUAUUUCACUAUUAAGGAAUGUCUUUCAUUUAUAAGGUUAUUUAAGAAUAAUGUUACACAUAUUUCUUAUUAAAUAAUUAUGCAUAAAUUGGCACGUCAUGAUGUCCUUUGUAUAUACUGUAUGAUUAUUUUUUUCCAAAUUGCAUCAUUUCAAUUUUUCUCCUUAUCUACAAUAUUCAUAUGUUUGUUUCAAAACUAAUUCCAUUCUUUAUGAUUUUCCUGCAAAUACAUCUUGCCUUCAUUAUUUAUAUACAUUUUAUUAUCCAACUACUGCUACAUUAUUCUAAAAUGGUGAUCAUAAAUAGGGAGGUAUCGCAACCAAGGAAUAACAAAUAGGAAUACGUCAUUAUCAUUAUCGUCAUUCGUGCCUGAAACAGUCUUGACAAUAUACUGUACGAGCUGAAUAUCAUUCUUGAUUCAUGUAAAAAGGCAUGAAUCGUGUACGUUGUGACAGCCAUAAUGCUACUGUAUGGGAAGGGUUGUCAAGUGUUCUCCCAAUUGAAACAUUUUUACUGAUAAGUUUGUCCAUAAAAAAUCAGAUAUGCAUGCAGUGUGAGCUGUUUUACCCCAUUUGAGUUUGGUUUAAUGACAACACAACACAUAAACUCAUUGCAUGGUCAUAGACUGGAAUGAUGUUCAUUUUAUUGAAAGCAAGCCAGCCUAGACUACCCAGGCCUAACAGUAAACAGUUGGGUUUUUUUUUUAAAUUUUACAAACACGCAAUUUUUACCGGUUUACUGGUUAUUUUUACCGGUAAAAUUGAUAGCUAGAAAACAGCUUCGGGAGAAAACUGUUGUCUAAACAUUUGAUGACGUAAACACAUUUGUUGCCGUUUUUGUAAGCUUGCAAAAACCCCCUAUUGUCUUUAUUCUCCAUCAUUAUUAUUGUUAUCCUCUUCAUGCUCAUUCAUUCUUACGAUGAUAAUUACGAUCAUCCUUAUCAUUACUGUAUCAUCACUGCCAUCUUCAUCCUCAUUAGCUUUACUUUUAUCCUUCUCGUCCUCACCUUUAACAAUAUCUGAAACCUGAUUAUAAAUUUAUGACCACAACACAGACAUCAUGGAUUCAAGUAAAUGCAAGUGUACAUAAAAGGUAUAAAGAAUAAUGUAAUCAUUGAAAGUAAAUGCAGAAAAGUAAAAUGAUGAAAAAGUUCUUUCAGGUACACUAGUCAGGUUUAGCAGAAUUUUUUGACCUGCCAGUGAUUUUCAAACAUGAUCUUCAAUUUUUUUUUCCAACAUUUAAUAUAAGAGUAUCUUGCCUUUUCUAUAUCAGUAUUAAAAAUUUAAACAUUCUGAAUUAAGUGAUUUGAAGAAAAUGGCCUUCAAAAUAGUCUGCAUGAGGUGCUAAUUAAAUUCAGAAACAAUAAGUAUAUUUAAAACAAUUAUACACUUUCAAAUUUUUUUGUCUGUCAGACAUGUCUCUUCAUACAUUAUUAAGUCUGACAGACAAAAAAACUGGAUAUCUUAUUAUAACCAUCAUAAACUAUACGUAACAGGGUUAUAAAGAUUAACAGUGUGGUAGUAUUCAUUAGAUGAUGAUACUCUUUGGUGUACAGUAUUAUAAAAUGGUAGGAGGGCUUUAUAACACCUGGUUAAUUACAUAUGAAUGUACAGUAAUAAUUAUGUUGUGGGCAGGAGAUAUAAUUUUUAUGUUGAUUGAAAUGUAGAAUUAAGAUAUACUGAAAAUAACUUUCAGUUAAUAUAUAUAUAUAAAUAUAAACUUUAAUUGAAAAAAUUAACAAAAAAAUUGAAUGGGAUGAAUAAUUGAUGUUAUAAUCUGAAAUUACUAAUGGUGAAUUGUCCUAAUCUUAGCCAACUUGUCCAAAUAUAAGUCAAAUUGUCCUGGUCUGACUCGUCUCGUCCCAAUCAAAGUUGACUGCAUUUGUACCAACCUUCAGCCUAACUUUUGUAUCACUUCUUUGUAUAGUAUUUAUGUCAAUAUUUAUUUUUAUACAAACUGUAUUCAUCUUUAAUUUAAAAUCUAAUAUAGAAUAGAAAAAUAUACAGUAAAUAUGAUCAAUAAUUUCAUGAAAAUUUGAUAACUUUUCAGAUAUUUGUAUUUUUACUAAUUAUGAAGUAUAUAAAUUGAUAUUUAAUUGAUAAGCAGUCAUGUUAAGUGAAUACUUCCCCCACUUUUCAUGGCCUGCAAAAAAAAAAAUUGCUACAAAUGAUAGGAAACUAUAUUUAUAUAUUCUGUAAUUAAUUAUAUGCGUAGAUAUUAUUUUUUAAUAGUCAGAAUUAUUGGUUGUUGAAUUUGCUGACGACUUCUGAUAUGCAAAUUUGUGUCCUUUUUGUUUAUUUUUUUUGGGGGGUUUUGUCCAGGUCAUCAAAUUUUCUUUCAUAAAAUACUGUUGUAUGCCCAUAAAUAUAUACUCAUGAUGUGAUCAUUACUAUAUUUAGUUAUGUCACAUGUUAUUGUCAAAUCAAAUUUGAUAAUUUGGAUAGAGCUAUAGAUACAGCAAUGAAUAGACGAGUGGUGACAUGCUACUACAGACAGUUUUGACACCAUAGUUCAAUAAAAUAAAAUGUGUAUAAAAUGCA